AUGAUCGCCGACGAUCUUCUCGAGAGUUGUCUUCAGCUCCUCCAGGAUAAAACUCUCGAUGAAGAAGAACAAGCCGAGAAGGUCGAGGACUUCCUGCGGGAGAAGACCUCAUUGACCGGCGCAUCAUUGGAAAAUGCGGUCCUCGACGUUCUAUGGCGACAUCGCAAUCGAACCUUACCUGAUUCCUCUCCUCCCCCUCCUCGUCAUACGGUGAUCCGCCGCUCCUCGCCAGCUCCGUGGCAGAUGGCACGUUCCUCCACACCGCUAUCUCCACCUUCGAAUCUAGGUACCAGCCCUGGUGGCUCUUCUUGGCUCCAAAGCUCACGGGGAGGAUAUCCUCGCGCACCACUCUCAUCUACCGUAUCGCCUUUUACCUCUCCCCGCCCUUCUCCCAGAUUGGCCCUUGCUCAGCCGAUCCCCCACUCGCCGAAUCUCAACGCUUACGAAUUUUCGGACCAGAGCCAGGUGUCGGAUUUCUACGGUGACUUUGGCAACGAUAGCAAUGUGGAUUGGCUUGUUGCAGACGAUGCAGCCAGCACCACAUCCUCUGUGGGAGCGCUGAGCGUCUCUGGGGCUCUCAGCGCCACUGCUCCGGAAUUUGUCCCCGACAUGAGUCCACAUGAUAUCCUGCGCACUGUCCUGGGUGAUAAGAGAUCGAACGAGGACAUCGAGGCUGCUUUAGAAGCGAACAGCUAUGAUCUCGGCGCAACUAUUGCCGCUCUGUCCCAGGAUCAUGAUGGGGAGGCCUUUCAUCAGUCAGAUGAUUCCCGAGUCAUUGUCGGAAAGUCCAUGACCAUGGAACAGUCAAAAUCAGGCACCUCUCCCGGUCAUAGUCGGAGCCCUGUCGUGUGUAAAUAUUGGCUGUCUACGGGGCAAUGCCUCCGUGCAGAUUGUCGCUUCAGCCACGAUCUUACCAGCCACGUCUGCAAAUAUUGGGUUAUGGGCAAUUGUCUUGCGGGCGAUGGGUGUCCUUUCUCUCACGAUCCCUCGGCAUUGAUCGCGAAUCUCAGCAUGGGAGAAGGCAAUCCUCAGGUUUCGAUCACUGGUGCAGCUUUUAACGUAGAGAAUACUUCGGAAGCCUUCCCUCCAUUACAGACCGGAGGCGGCUCCGGAGACCAAUGGACGAAUCAUUACCUCGGAAAGUACUCGCAUUUGUCUGGUCUCAUGGGGAACAAGUCUCCCCAGUCAAUGCAGCUGGCGCCAGGCAAACGCAAUGGUUAUGGAUCUCGUCCUCACUCCCGGCCGACCAGCCGGCAUCAACACCGUGAACUUAACCCGACAGCCCUUUCCGUCGACGACCCAGACGCAUUUCCCACGCUUGCUGCAGUCAGCGCGAAGAACGCUGGUAAAAAGCAGGGCAAGCGCAACAACCGCGAGAAUAGUUCUGCGCGAGAGAAUCUGCCUACUUCCUUGGCAGAUGUUGUCCGUAUGUCACCGUCUCCUGCUCCCGGUAAAGGGAAGUCUCUGUCCAAGAAUGGCAGAGAAGGAGGCAAAGGUCGCGAGAACAGCGCCGCCGCUCAAGCUAUUCCCGCUCCGCAGAAUAUCCCUUGGCUUGAGACCGGUUCUCGCGCCAAUCAGCAGUACAUCAAAUACCGCACAGAAGCCAUUCGCCACGGCACUGUGCGGAAUAAAUUCCUCCAGAGCGCCGCUCAAGCCUGGAACCGCAAUGAUGCGAGGGCUGCAAAGGCACUGUCUCUCCGGGGCCAGGCAGAAAAUGAAGCGAUGCGCAAGUGCCACCGUGAAGCAGCACGCCAAUUGUAUGAAGAGCGAAACAAACACCUUCUUACCGCCGGCUUGGAUGAGACUGCCGAAGAACUCUACGUCGACCUGCAUGGUCUGCAUCCUGAAGAGGCAAUUGAAUAUCUGGAGAAGAUUCUCCUGCGACAUGCACGUGAGGGACGCCGCGUGAUAUACGCGAUUACAGGGACAGGUCACCAUUCGAAGAACGGCAAGGAUAAGAUCGGAAAAGCCGUCAAAGCUUGGCUCAAUGACUGGAAAUAUCUCUUCCGCGAAUUCAGCGUGCCUGGAGAGAGGGGCGGAUAUGUCGGCGGAAUCCUAGGCAUCGAUCCCACCAGCUAUGAUAAGGCCUUAGCCAAGAGCAUAGAAGCGAACGCGAACAAGGCCGACGAUGACAAUCAGCCUGUCUUGACGAUGGGAAAGAUCCAGUUGCUCAAACGCGAAGACUUAGAAUCGAACAAUCAAUAG